CUUUACAUCGGUAAGCUGCCAAUUCCUCGACAGCCGUUUUCCGGAUAACGUCAGGCAGACCAGUUUGAAAUGAACAAAUCUUUUGCGAUCUUGUUGGUCUGCGGUUGGUGUUUGGUGGGACCGGGGGCUCUGGCAGUCCCGGUCCAACCGGAAACCGACCCCGAGUUGUCCAGUGGAAACUUCGAGGGAGAUUUGGUGCUCACCGCGUUCCAAAAGUUGGCCAUCGUCCGCGGAUCCCAGCAGCGAAACGGUCUCCUGGACGUGAACUACCGCUGGCCCAACAAAACCGUGUACUACAAGAUCGACACCACUAAUUUCACUCAGGUACACGUUCAGGAAAUUAAGACGGCCAUGGGGAUCAUUGGUCGAUCGUCCUGCUUGAAUUUCACCGAGGCUGACGAGAACGCCACGGCCUACAUUCAAGUGGUUGGAGAUGACAUCGGAUGUUUCUCGUCGGUUGGCUACAUGGGCCGGGUCCAAUAUCUGAAUCUAGCUCCCGCCGCUGUGGACACAGGGUGCUUCCGUACGGGAACGAUCAUGCAUGAGUUCCUCCAUGCGCUUGGAUUCUAUCACAUGCAGAGUGCCAGCGAUCGGGAUGAAUUUGUCACAAUUGUUUGGGACAAAAUUGAAGCAGGAAAGGAGAACAAUUUCGAAAAACAUGGCGCCGAUAAAGUCAGUCAUUUUAAUUCCACCUACGACUAUGACAGUGUUAUGCAUUAUUCUGCAACGGCCUUCAGUAUCGAUGGGAACAAAACGAUCGUACCGAAAGAGGAAGGGGCGGAAAUUGGCCAGCGAUCCCGAUUGAGUCCAAGUGAUAUUGCCAAGUUGAAGAAAAUGUACCAGUGUGAUGAAGAGGAAGAUGAGGAAUAAAACGGAAUAAACUUUUUGGCAGCGGAA